AUGGCCACCAACAUUCAACCAAAUACAGUGGGCGCGGUUUAUCAGGCGAUAGACGCAGCGGGAAUACUGAAAGGUAGCGCCACUGGCAAGGUUGUGGUGGUGACGGGUGCAGGACGCGGCAUCGGCCAAUCCAUUUCCAAGGCAUUUGCGCAGGCUGGCGCGGACGCUCUGAUUUUAACAGCACUGGAACAUUCCGAACUGGAAGAAACUAAGCAGCAGGUCCAAGCCAUUAAUCCUGAAUGUCGCAUCUUUCUGAAAGCACUGGAUGUCAGAGAUUCCGAUGCGGUCGAGAGUUUUGUUGACGAUGCCGCCAAAUGGUCGGGCUACCGUAUGGAUAUUCUCUGUUGUAAUGCAGGCAUAAGCCCCCCCUUGCAGCCAAUUGCGGAGACCGAUCCGCAUCGAUGGUGGAUGGGCUUAGAGGUCAAUCUAAAGGGACCCUACCUCUUUACUCGCUUCGUUCUCCCUAUAAUGCAAAAACAAAAAUCAGGCCAUAUCAUCAUUACCGCGUCCCGUGCGGCUGUCAUGACCGACCCUGAGAUGUCCAGUUACGAGAUCUCAAAGUUGGCGGUGACACGUUUGGCGGAGCUCAUCGAUGUCGAAAACAGCAAAUAUGGCAUUAAGUCAUUCGCGAUCCACCCGGGAGGUAUCGUAACGCGACUGUUGACAGAUAUGGAGGACAAAGAGACGGAACCAUGGGCUAUUAAGGCAUCCAAAGUUAUUCGUCCGAACUUACUUGAGGAUAUCUCCUUGCCCGGCAAUUCCUGCGUCUUCCUGGCCUCAGGCCAGGCAGAUUUCCUGAGUGGUCGUUAUGUCGAUACGACCAUUAAGUUGGACGAUCUUUGCAAGGAACAGGCUACGAUUGUGAAGCACGAUCUUUUCAAAAUAAGAGUGUCUCUGAACUGGGCCCCCGAAGACGGCGUAUCAUUCUUUCCCAGUAGAAUCUGA